GGAAGUAACUAUAUUUAGAAGAGAUAGAGGAGCCGAGGAAUGGCUGGCUCCAAAUAUCCAUUCAUAUUGUUUACAGAUGACAAUUUUUCAUCGCACCAAUCUUGCGAUGUUUUAUUUCUACACGUUAAGAGUGGCCAGCAGGUUGACCAUCAUUGGAUUUUGUUGCAGCUUACGUAAGCAGUUUUUGUGAAGCGCCAACAUAAUUGGUUCAAGAUGCGUACCAAAGUAGAAAAAAAUCACAAAAAGGCAGCUGAGGAGAAGCUAAAAAUAAACCUGCCUUCUCCGAAGGUGGUUUUGAAUGCAGAUGAAUGUGCCAGGUAUCUUGAUGGUACUGGAAAAACUUCUGUUUUACUUGUUGAAAAGGGGGGCAAAAUGGUAGCUGCUACAACUAUAACUUCAGAUACUUCAGCUUCGGAAAAAAAUCAUUUAAAAGAUGAGGCAGCAAAAACGACAAAAAGCUUGGAAAAAUCAGACUGUAUUAAACUGGAUGCUAAAACAGUGAGUAAAGAUGCUAAUAAUGCCACAGCUAAUGUACAAAAAGAAGAGGCUCCAAAGCCAGCUAAAGAUAUUCUUAAACCUCCAAAGAAACGAAGGGGUAUGGAUAAAACAAUAGAAGAGUCUGUUCAGAAUACAGCAGUCCUCAACAAUGGGGAUACAGCUCCUCCGAUCUCUCCUUUGAGAGAAGCUGUUGACACUGUUCAGAAGCCGCUGGUUAAAGCUGACUUACCUCAUAAAGUAGACUCAUCUCAGAAGCACAGUGUAGAAAGUUUACUGCAGCAUCAACCAACCUCUCUGGUCUCAACUAACAAUCUGGUGCUUGGAAGCUACCCCCAUCAUUCAUUUGAUCCAAGGACACAUCAUCUACCAUCCACAUUUCCAUCAUUGCCAUCUAGUAAUUCAGAAGUCAUCCCCCCUUACCAUUUAACCUUAGCCCAGCCACCCUCUCAACUCUACACUCACUGUUCAUUUAACCCUACCAGCAAUAGCCAGACAACACUUGGGUAUACUGUCAACAACGGCACUCCACAAACUUUUACAAAUAAUAUCAAUCCAGCUACGCCAAGCCUCACUUACUUGAGCAAUCAGGUUUCCAAUUCUUCAACACAACCUCUCCUGGUGCCAGCCAGUAACAGCAUGCCACGCUGCUCAAACUUCCAGCAGCUUCCUGAGCAGGAAGAGCCCAUGAACUUAUCCAAAUCAUGCAAACCCGCCCUGGGUCUUGUAACACUUCAGUCUCAUUUCACUCCCAGCUUGAAUGAGAGCAGGACUGCAGAAGAUGUCUCUAAGAUUCUUGUCCCAGCACAGAGUCUUACCCUCCCACCCGAGUCUCAGCUAGAUAAGCAUAUACAAGUGUUACCCAAACAGAAAGGUGAGGUUAAGAAGUCCAAAAAGAGAAGUGCCAAAACACAGCGGGCUAAUCAAAUUUCCUCGGAAUCAUGUAACUUGCCUCCUGAGGCUGCUGAGUCAGGUAAAAACACAUCAGGUAACCAACCAGAGCUUGCCAGCUCAUUAAAAAGUGAAGUCAAUUUGACAAGUUCUGUUCAAUGUGAAGAUAAUGUGUCGUCUAUUAAAGAUGAUGCUAUUUCUUUAUCUCAAGUGCCAAAUCAGACUGUUGGAGAUGAUGUGAAAAAUGAUGAAAAUCUGCCCAGUGUUCCCACUAAAAAUCCAGACAAUUUAUCCAGUCAAGCUGAUACAUCGGCUGUCCCACAGCCUACCACGCAGUCAACAGAGGAUGACCCGUCCUUACCUGUAAAGGGCAGUGCGUCUGACCCUGUUGUUCCAGAUGUACCUUCAGUCUGUGAAGCUGAUCCAGUCCAGAAAAGUAAACGAUCUCACAAGAAAAAAGUAGAUGUUCCAAUGGAUGAGGUGUCAUGUGCUAAUAGGAUGUCCAGAUACUUGCUGACCAUUGAGCAUGUUAUUUCAGAUUUUGUCUACAAUCCUGAACCAAUUGAAGAGUUUGCGUUGACUGAAGAAGAAGCUGCAACCAUUAGAGAUCAGUUUGAAGAUAAUCAUGACACCAGUGCCACUAAAGACAUGCCAAAAAAUGAAACUUCUUCAGCUGACCCCCCUGUUGCUGCAGUGAAGUCUCAAAAUGAAUUACCCUCUGAGAAAACAGCACCAGCAAAGUCUGCAAGGCCGCCUAAGAAAAGACCAAAUGUAUCUUUGCAAAAAUCUGAUUCUUCUGGCCAGGGUUCAGAGGUGAAGAAAAAUGAUACUAACAUUGAUAGUGUUUUAGCCUUUGUAGCAGCUGAUGUCUUUAACUCAACACCUCCAGUAGAAAGUGGUCUUGGGGAGGUAGAAAAUGUAAAGAAAGCUAAAAAAAUCCCUGCAAAGAAAGAAUCACCUCCAGUAAAUGAUUCAGUUCAAGAUCAGUGUGAAAGUUUACCAAAUAAUCAAAAUAUUACAGAUAGUAGUUGUCCGCCUGAAGAAGUAAAAUCCUCUCCAAAUGAAACAGUGGCAGAUGACACUCCUGGUGAAAGUGUGGCAGCUGGUGUUGUUAUAGAUGAAAAAAAGAAAGCCAGUAAGCCUAAAAAGGUGCAGAAGAAAUCCAAAGAUGUAGAUAAAGCCCUGAAUGUAUCAGUCCACAAUGAUCAGGUGGUAGAGGCUGACCAGGAUAAAGCCACACAGGAGUCUCCGGUGAAGAGAAAGAAGAAGCCAGGAGAUAAGCCCAAGCUACCUAAAAAAAAGAAAGAAACCUCUCCCCCUAUUGUGUCCAGUGAUUCUGCCCCUGUUUCAGAUCAGGACACGGCUAACAGAGCAGAGACAUCUGAUAUAGGGGAGAGCAUAGCUUCAACGUCCGGUGCUUCAGAACAAGACACGCCUGUUCAUGAGUUGGAAAUAAAAGAGGAACAUACUUGUCUAGACACUGAGUCGAUUGAUAAGGAAAAUCAGGACACUGGAUUAGAGAGUGGCGGUGACGAGAACAAACCUGUGAGGAGAUACAAGAAGAGGUUAGACUUUGUCAAGUGCAGUCACUGUGAGCACCAGGCUAGGGGCAGGUCAGCACUGAGCCGGCACAUGAAGAAGGUUCAUAUGAUGGAUGUUAACAUGCCCUACAAGUGUAGUCACUGUGACUAUGGCUGCACCAAAAUGGCGUCCCUCAACAGACAUCUGUUCACACAUGGGGUGUACCCCUGCUCCAGGUGUAAUUUUGUGUCUGAUGAGAGGGCGAAGCUGUCUCAACAUGUGAUGGAAGAACACAAAGACAAGCUGGAUAUGAAACUGUGUAAAGUGUGCAAUCGUUAUAUCAAGUGUGACAAAACGACUAUUGAAGCUCAUACUGAGGCAUGCCAGGGACCAACACCAUUCAAAUGUGCUGAGUGUGAGAAGGAGUUUAAAUAUGCCUCUUCAUUGAGAGUUCAUUACCACACCCACUUCCCUGACCAGCCAAAGAAGUUUCAAUGUGAACAGUGUGGGUACAGGACUAACUACAAAGCUAACUUGCACAAGCACCACAAAAAUAUGCAUGCAUCUAAAGACAGGGACGUGCAGUGUCCAGACUGUGGCAAACUUUUCUCUACUGAGGACAACAUGAGGAGGCAUAGGAAGGUUCAUACAUUGGUUCGACCCUUUGCAUGUGAGACAUGUAAAAAAACAUUCAAAACUUCCGGAGCACUUAAAGGCCACCAGCUUAUCCAUACGGCUACGAGACCAUACUCGUGCAACAUCCCUGGCUGUAACAGGAGCUUCAGGACCCCCAAGUUCCUCAAGAGCCACCAAGAAGAGUUUCACAGACUAGUCCCCAAAAAAUUCUUCUGCUCUGUUGAUGGCUGCAAUUAUUCUUUCUUUAAACGGAGCCAUCUGAAACGUCAUGCCAUCACACAUACUGGAGAACGCAACUUCCAUUGUACUUGGCCGGGGUGCAGCAAGUCCUUCCGUCAUGCGGACAACCUGAAGGUCCACUUCCGCUCACACAGCAAUGAAAAACCUGUGCACUGCAACCUGUGUGAGUUCAAGUGUAAGCAGAAAAACUCUCUGUUCUGGCACAAGAAGAAAGUUCACCAGGUCAUCGACGCCUCCGUUUGUCCCCGGCGGUUGGGCAGCAAAGUGAAAUCCAUGGAGGCUGACCAGGGUCACGACCUCAGUGAGUCCACUCAAUCAGAUAGUGAUAACGUGGCUAUGGCUGAUGAAAAAACAUCACCAGCUUUGUUAAAAGAGAACAAUACAGAGAAUUCCAUCACAAAACCAGGUGAUUCGUCUGAUGAGACUAAAGUUGACUUGAAAGAAAAUGUAACAGAGGAAGGUAAACAAGAUGGGGCUGAAAAAUUGGUGGUCAAAGAACAAAGUAUCUCCACACAAACUCCUAUAUCAUUAGACCGAGGUCCGAAAGAUCUUUAUGAGUUUAACUCUGAUGAUGAAUCUGAUGAGGAAACGCCAGGUAACUUUAGAAGGGACAAAACUGCCAUGAAUAGUUUGACCCCUCUUCCCCCUCCACCCAAAGAACUUUUACGAAAAAAUGAAAUAUUAGAAAUGAAAGAAAAAGAAAAGAAAGAAAAAGCAGAGAAGCGUGAACAGGAGAAGAAAGAGAAGGCUGAAAAGAAGGAGCAGGAGAAGAGAGAAAGGGCAGAGAAAAAAGAACAAGAGAAAAAGGAUAAAGCAGAGAAGAAAGAACAAGAAAAGAAAGAAAAGAAUGAAAAAAGAGAACAGGAAAAGAAAGAAAAGUUGGAGAAAAAAGAACAGGAGAAGAAAGAAAAAGCAGAGAAGAAAGAACAAGAGAAGAAGGAAAAAGAAGAGAAAAAAUUAUCUGUGAAGAAACCAACCAAAAGAAAGUCUGAUUCUUCUGAAGUUCCUCAAGAAGAUGUUGAAAACACUCAGGAAGUUAUUGAAGAGAAAAAAGGAAAGAAAGUGCCACCAAAACGCAAAAAAUCAACAACAAGCACAACUAAUGAAGUGGUUGAAGAACCUGAAAAAAGCACUCGCAACAAUAGAAAAAAGAGAUAUCCAGAAAAAUCAAAGAACAAAAAUGAAGAAAUUGAAGAAGUGCAUGAAGCUUCUCCCCCAAAACGUAAGAAAUUAUCUCCCAAGAAAGAAGAAGUCACACCCAUAUCUUCCUCAAGAGCCAAGAAAGCUCCAGUAGUUAAAGUACAGAGCAAGAAGAAAGUGAUCCCUCCUAAGAGAAAGCCCAGUGCAAGAAUAAGAGCCAAGAAGAAAGCCACAGCCAAGAGUAAACUUCCAGUGAAAGCUGCAAAAUCUGUAAAGGUUGUACAGAAAAAGAGGUCACUCAGAAGAAAAUCCUCACCAAGAACAAAUGAGGAGGAACCUGAAGCAGAUUUAGUUGAAGAACCUGAAGUAUUAAAAGAUGAACCCAAAGUAGAAGAGAAAAAGAAAUCCCCAGGUAGAAAAAGUGAAGAACAAACUGAAGUAAAAGUGAGCACUGAGGAAGUGUCAACAGCUCCUGCUCGUCCACCUUCUCCAGCCUACUCCGAGGAGAUCAUGCUGCAAGGCAAGGCCAGUCCUUACAGAGAUUUCUCUGAUGCUGAAACUUUGGAAGAGGGCUCAGACAGUGAAGACACAGAGGAAAAACCUGAGACUCCUAAAAUAGAAAAAGCUCAGUCUCCAGCCAUGUCUGAGCCAGAGGUGGUUCAGAAAACUGAACUAACUGAAGCUGUGGAAAAUACAGAGUACAGUGAGGACAAGUCAGUCCACGAUCAUGCAAGCUCUGUGGAUGAAUCUUCAGACGAUGAAGUUAGUAACGACAUACCGCUGACACCACCUCGAGCUCCUGCUCCGCCUCCAAUGGAGAGCUCUGAGGAUGAAAUGGAACCCGAGGUAGAACCUGCUCCGUUUUCAGUACCUGGUCCUAAUACUCCAUUUUCUGUUCCUGGGCCCAAUACACCCAUCUCCGUCCCUCCCUCCAACAGUAUCAUGCAGCAGCAUUCAGUGCACUCCGAAGAUGCUCCCAUGUCAGCUGUUCCAUCAGUUCCUUCUAUGGAAAUGCAUUCGCAAGGCUCAGUUGAAAUGCAGCAGUCUCUGGGUUCAGUUGAAAUGGCUCAUCCACAUGGCUCUGUUGAAAUGCAUCACCCUAUAGGCUCUGUGGAGAUGCACCAUCCCAGGUCAGUGGAGAUGCACUCACACAACAACUCAGGAGAUAUAAGAUCGCAUGGGUCAGUGGAGAUGGUCCAGUCUCACGGCUCUGUUGAGAUGCACGGGUCUAUACAAGAACCAAUGUCACAGCCAGACCACCGACUAGCUUCUGUCAGGUCACCAGAAAGUUCCGGUAGAGAUGCCAAGUAUGAAAUGCUUCCACCAAUGCAUGAUCAGACUUCAGAUGCUGACAAAGAGUUUUUUGAUCAGUACCUCAAGAACCUCAGUGCAGCUAACAAUCGUGCUGCCAAUGGGGGGUUGGAACACCCUCCCAGUGGCUUGAGAGAGUUGGAAGCCAUGGUUGGAAAAUCUGAAAUCCCAGACUUGGGGAGCAAAUCCCCCAUCAGCUCACUGCCAACAAGUGUUAUCACCAGCCUAGAGAGCACUCUACCCAUCCUCACCUCUGGUGACCUGCGGGCUAGAAUGGAUGCUUAUGACAGACACCAUGAAUCUCUGUACGUCAGGGACACACCUUCCUCCUUGGCCAGGCUCUCUGAUCGCCAGUCUCCACUACCUCCCAACCCAUCUGCAGCAUUUGAUGCAUUUUCUUCUCUCAACUCUCUUCACCCUGGUGCUGCUGCUGGGGGUAGGGAGAACACUUUCCUCAGACAACCUGAGAAUCUGUUCCCCACUACGCCCGUCAGCAACAGCUUCAUGGCCGAGGCCAUGUUUCAGCGGCAAGCCAUGACAACUCCCUUCCUCCCCCCACAGCCGAGUGACCGGAGCAGUUUAUCACGGAUCCCGGACACGACCCCCCUGCGAUCCAACUCUUCCUCCUUGCUGCGGCGCUCAGGCCCCAUGCCAACAACUGACAUGUUCACACCACCCACAAUGCCUCAGGCCAUGCCUAGAAAUCCAUUCACCAAUGCUUGGGCCAGCCAAGAAGCCAGACCGGCUCACUGGCAAACACCAUAUCUCCCUCGCCAGCCAAACAUGACCUCGGCUGGCUCAUUUUUUCCUUCCAAAGAUAACUACCUGACAGGAAGAGAGUUCAUGUUUGAUCCAUCCGUCCGACCAUCCACAGAACGAGGCAUGUUCCCUUCUCUCUCCACUGGUCAAACUCAAGACUCUUUCCAGCUUGAUAGAUUUGACCUGAGCAAUUAUUUUCCAAACGCCAUGCCACAUUAUGGCAGUUCAACUGGAAGCUUGGAUUACGGUCGACCCACACACCCUGCUGCAGCCAAAUCCUUUGAUGAACGUUACAGGCAGUCAGCAUCUGCUGGGAUACCAGACUUCCGGGGCCUGCCGCCAUCCACUGGCUCCACUGAUAUGUUUACUGGACUCUCUGGCGUCAACAGUAGUUUUAACUUAUAUGCUAGCAACCCCAUGUCCUACCACACACAGCACAUGACAGACAAUGUAAAUAGUGCAUUCCUGACACACUCAACAUCAGCACAGCAUGCCAUGUUUGAGAGGGAUUACGCAGCAGCCCACAGGGGGCUCUACCCACAGAACUCCCCGUACCCAUUUAUUGAUGAGCGGCAGUAUGGCGCACCCUCUAAGCUCACACACUCCCACCCCGUGGCACCCACCCCAGCACCGCAGGAGAGAGACUUGAUGAGCAGGUCUGGAGCUCCUGAAGCCCAGAUGCAAGACCCAUAUCGCAGCAUGCUGUACAGGUACUAGUUUCAUAGUGUCAGUAUUUGGAGUGCAACUCACUGUCAGCUCUAGAGAAGCUUUGUAUUUCUACACCUACUCUGCUAAAAUUUAGCCUGCAGAACUUAUUCAAAGUCUUGCUAUUUUCUAAAUAUAAAGUGGGUUAAAAGCUUGAUAAACUUUUUUAACUGUUGAUCUGAGGUUGAAAGAUGAUUGUAAGGUUCGUGCCACAGAAACAAAUUAUUGUAUUAUAUUAGAACAUAUUGGACAUGAUGUAAAAACUAUAUAUAUUUAAUGUAUUGAUCAUGCCUUUUUAACUUACGACUGGAGAGAAAGGCAAUGUACACUGUAAGCAUAUUAAUGGGUUUUGCUUUGUUGGUUUCUUGUAAAUACUUGUAUUGUGUUAAACUAGCAAUAACAUUUUGUGAACUUUUUCCUUCUGGCAUGGCUAUGUGUGAUAUAUAUGCAACUGUAACUUAAUUAUUGAAACCACAUUGUUUAAAUUUUCUUUAGGUGUAAUUUGGUGUUAACAGGAAAACCACAAUUGAAUAGAUUUUUGUUUUCUUGCCCUAAAUGUGUACAAUAGCAUUGAUUACAGUUUUUACAUUGUUUUGAAUCAUGACUUUACCAAUUUCAAAUACAAUGUUUUGAAUCAUGACUUAAGGGGGCAGUAUCACCCAGACUAAGGGAGGAAAACAAAAAUAUUCACACAAAAAAAAAUAUUCGACAUACACAUGUCAUAAUUG